CAUUCAGUCCGAGACCGGGACAGCACUACUGCAGCGCGUGUGUGUGUUUGUGAGCGCGCGUUGCCUAAAUAGAAUCUAUAUAUAUAUCGUGCUUACAAAAAAGAGUUUGUGUGUGUGCUGUGAGAGCGUGCGCUUCGGUGUUCAAAGUCUUUUGGGACAGAAACUUUUUCGUUACUUGUGUUUUUGUUCAGUUUACUUUUCGCGCGUGCCUUUACGUUUGCGUGUGUGUGUGAUCGUGCGCAUGAGUGUGCAUUCGUGCGCAUGUGUGUGUGUGUGUGUGUGUGUGUGAACAGAGGCUAUAGCCGUAGAGCUGCGCGAGCGAGAGCAUCAGUCUGGGACCCUCUCACACGGCUGGAGUGUGCAGACUGGGAGGACUGGUGGUGGCGUUACUAGCCUGUACUGGAAGCCCCCCAGAGUGUUCCAGGAGUUUCAGUCCCACCUGUUGCGCUCUGAAGAGAGCGAGGAGACGUUUGGAGAAAGUUUGAGACGUUUGGAGAAAUUUGGAAGAACUUUGAAGAAAGUUUGAGACGUUUGAAGAACGUUUGAGACGCUUGGAAGAACUUUAGAGAGAGUUUGAGACGUUUGGAGACGUUUGGAGAAGUUUGGUAGAACUUUGGAGAAGUUUGAGAACUUUGGAAGAACUUUGGAGAACGUUUGAGACGUUUGGAGAAAGUUUGAGAACUUUGAAAAACUUUGGAUAACGUUUGAGACUUUUGGAGAAAGUUUGCGAAAUUGAGGGAACUCUAAACAGCUAAGAGAGAAAAAGUGAGAGAGAGAGAGAGAGAGAGAGAGAGCUUCAGACAUAAAGAGAGAGAGAGAGAGAUCAGCCCGCUCUGCUCUUCUCCGUACGCAGAGCUCCUCCAGCCAGCUCCAGCAGGAACACCGCGGUGGAAUCUGUACACUUUUCCUCACCAGAACUGUCUUCACACUGCUGCUCAACACCAGAACAGUCACUCCGAGAACCCAGAUCUCCCAGUACAGCAGCAGCAACAUCUCCAGAACUUAAAGGAAACACGCGCUGGAAGUUUGGGAAAGUUUUGGGAAAGUUUUGGAGCAGAAGAAGAUCAGCGCAGCGCCACAGCAAGUGGCUGGGUGCAUUGUCCUGCUGAUAAGGCCUCUGCCAUCGAGAAUACCAUCAGCGUGAAGGGGAUCAAUAAGCUCCGGAACAGCGUUUAGAGGAUCGCCUUGAGCUGGACGGACAGGGAUGGAUGCGAUCCAGAGCCUGCGCUUCAUCCUCACCAUCAUCACACUCCUCGCCUGCAGCUCCCAGAGACUGGCGCACGCGAACUCAUGGUGGUCUUUAGCCAUGAACCCCAUCCAGAGGCCGGAGAUGUACAUCAUCGGAGCCCAGCCGCUGUGCAGCCAGCUGACGGGUCUGUCUCAGGGCCAGAGGAAGCUGUGCCAGCUGUACCAGGACCACAUGGUGUACAUCGGCGAGGGGGCCAAGACUGGCAUCAAGGAGUGCCAGUACCAGUUCAGGCAGAGGCGGUGGAACUGCAGCACGGUGGACAACACCUCCGUGUUCGGGCGCGUGAUGCAAAUAGGCAGCAGAGAAACAGCGUUUACCUACGCCAUCAGUGCUGCGGGCGUGGUGAACGCGGUGAGCCGGGCGUGUCGGGAGGGCGAGCUGUCCACCUGCGGCUGCAGCAGAGCGGCUAGACCCAGAGACCUGCCCCGGGACUGGCUGUGGGGCGGCUGCGGAGACAACGUCAACUACGGAUACCGCUUCGCCAGGGAGUUCGUGGACGCGCGAGAGCGGGAGAAGAACUACCCCCGAGGCUCUAUAGAUCACGCACGCACCCUGAUGAACCUGCAGAACAAUGAAGCUGGAAGGAUGGCGGUGUACAACCUGGCCAACGUUGCCUGCAAGUGCCACGGCGUGUCGGGCUCCUGCAGCCUGAAGACGUGCUGGCUCCAGCUGGCAGACUUCAGACGUGUGGGCGAGUUCCUGAAGGAGAAGUACGACAGCGCUGCCGCCAUGCGCAUCAACCGCCGCGGCAAGCUGGAGCAGGUCAACAACCGAUUUAACCCACCGACAGGCGAGGACCUGGUGUACAUCGACCCCAGCCCGGACUACUGCCUGCGCAACGAGAGCACGGGCUCGCUGGGCACCCAGGGCCGGCUCUGCAACAAGACCUCGGAGGGCAUGGACGGCUGCGAGCUGAUGUGCUGCGGCCGCGGCUACGACCAGUUCAAGACCUACAAGCACGAGCGCUGCCACUGCAAGUUCCACUGGUGCUGCUACGUCAAGUGCAAGCGCUGCACGUCACUGGUGGACCAGUUUGUCUGCAAGUAGCCCCAGAGACCUUCAGGGCCCUAGGGAUGCACUUGGAUGCACUAAACUAGGAGUUGGUUGGGGCGAAGGUUGGUUGGGCGUUCAGGACUGAGCAAGUCAGAAAAGGACUGAGCAAAAUGUACUAAAGACUGUGAUAAUAAAUAUUAAGAAAGUUUUAAGUAUGUAAUUAUGUAUAAGUGUGUGGUGAAUGGUAAUUUAAUGAAGUUCACUCGAGAACUGACAAAACUAGCUAGAACUUCGAGAACUUCUGGGACCUUCUGGAACGUCUAGAAGGGGUGAAAGGAGUAAAUGUAAUGUAAAUGUGUUGGUCUUGUUCUUGUUUGUCCUCUUUUCGUCUUGGUAGCAUCUCACACGUGGACAGCUCAUCUGAUCACCUGAUCAUCUGAUCAGUCUGGAACUCAUCAGAUUUUCUGCUCUUGAUGAUUCUUCUCCAGAGGAUCAGGAGAAGACCUUUUGGACUCAUUGCUUUUUGCUCCUGCGGACUCCCUCCAACUCUCCUGUAUUAUUAGAGCUCUUAAAACCCUUGCGCCACACAGAGACCUUGAUCAUGACCAUGAAACCAAGGGAUCAUUGGAUUGGGUUGAUGUUGCAACGUACAUAGUUGACCUGUGAAAUGUGUGCUUGUGCUUGUGUGUUGCUGUGCCUCUCGAGGUCCAAGAACGCUUCGUCCCAGACCCGCGGAGAUCUUUUCUUCAGAGGAGAAGGAAUUUCAGAAAGAGAUUCCUGUCAGAAGACGACGCGUCAAGACGAUGUGCAGCAAGUGUGUUUGGGGACUUUUCUCCUUAAAGCUUCAGCUUAGAGAAAAACAUCUCUUCGUCUUCUCUUAAUGAUUUAAAGUAGCCACCAGCCACUUCUGGUCCUAAUGGAAAUGAGCUUUCAGCUUGGCUUAGUAUAAAAGCUGAUAUGAGCUUUUAAUAUACAGUACCUCUCUGGUAUGAGUCUUUCAAGGUCUUCUGCACAUGAGAUCAAGGAAAGGAAGUAUAAAAUGUCUAAUGAAUGUCAUGUUGUCUUAUUUUAUAUAUUUUUUAUAUAAAAAAGGACAACUGAAUGAAUGUGAGUUUGCUAAUCUUGCAAAGAGAUGGAUAAAAGAGAAAAGACAAGGCUACACAAUAAGGACUGCAAAUUACUAUUGUACUCACGCAAUAGUUGACCAGAUUAUAUUUUAUUAAUUGCUUCUCAUGUUAUACAUCAUAUGUAUUGUUCUGAAUAUUAUUUUUUGAUACAGAGGCUUCUACUGUUGAGUUCUAUUUUAGCAGAGGUGAUAUUCCUUCGCCACCGGAUGGAAUGGGUUCUAUUGUGUCAGCUCCAUCUCCCAUUGUCAGGCCAUAGUUUUUACACAUGGCCUAUGUCAGUCUGUCAUUAGAGAGAGUACUACAUAUGUAAAUAACAGUCUAUGUAUAAAAAAUUACACACCGUGAUUACAAUUUUCCAUGACUUCACAUGUUAAUCCAAAUUGUUUGCUGCCCUAUGACCAUAUGCUUGUUGUGUUUAUGUAUUUUCCCCAUCAUUCAAACCAGUAAUAUUAAAGAAAAAACAUUAAUAAUGAUUAUUA